CCUGGAUACAGUUGUUAGGCAGAUUGCCCUCGUCAGCUGCGAGGGAAGAGGGAUUUAAAAGACGUCUGCAGAUUUUUAGAGGGAAAAUCGAGGCGAAAGGUUCUGCUUAAGACUGUGAAUUGGAGUUUGAUGAAAGUGACGAUGCUGUCUGUGCGCUCCCCUCUCUCUGCGAAGAACCAACAGAAUCUCAGCGGGCAGAUGGCCGACAUGUCUCUGGACAAAGAGAACACGCCUCCGAGCCUCAACAGCACCCGCGUCCUGGCGUCCAAAACAGCCCGGAAGAUCUUCAACGAAGCCCCGCCCAAAGCUGUGAAAAAAAGCUCAGAGGAAGAGGAGCCUCUGCUGAAGGAGAACCCUAACCGGUUCGUUAUCUUCCCGAUCCAGUACCACGACAUCUGGCAGAUGUACAAGAAGGCAGAGGCCUCCUUCUGGACGGCUGAGGAGGUGGAUCUGUCCAAAGACCUGCAGCACUGGGAGUCUCUGAAGGAUGACGAGCGCUUCUUCAUCUCUCAUGUGUUGGCCUUCUUCGCCGCCAGCGACGGCAUCGUUAACGAGAACCUGGUGGAGCGCUUCACACAGGAAGUGCAGGUGACUGAGGCCAGGUGUUUCUAUGGUUUCCAGAUCGCCAUGGAGAACAUCCACUCGGAGAUGUACAGCCUGCUGAUCGACACCUACAUCAAGGAUCCCAGUGAGAGGGAAUACCUGUUCAACGCCAUCGAGACUCUGCCCUGUGUGAAGAAGAAGGCCGACUGGGCGCUCAACUGGAUUGGCAACAAGAACGCCGCCUACGGAGAGCGUGUGGUUGCCUUCGCUGCCGUGGAGGGAAUCUUCUUCUCUGGCUCGUUCGCUUCCAUCUUCUGGCUGAAGAAAAGAGGCCUGAUGCCCGGCCUGACCUUCAGCAACGAGCUCAUCAGCAGAGACGAGGGACUGCACUGUGACUUCGCCUGUCUGAUGUUCAAACAUCUGGUGAACAAACCGUCAUCAGAAACCGUCACCAAGAUCAUAAAGAACGCCGUGGAGAUCGAGCAGGAGUUCCUGACCGACGCUCUGCCGGUGAAGCUGAUCGGGAUGAACUGUGACAUGAUGAAGCGGUACAUCGAGUUUGUGGCCGACAGGCUGCUGCUGGAGCUCGGCUUCUCAAAGAUCUACAGGGUGGAGAACCCCUUCGACUUCAUGGAGAACAUCUCUCUGGAGGGAAAGACUAAUUUCUUUGAGAAGCGAGUGGGAGAGUACCAGAGGAUGGGCGUCAUGUCGGGCUCCACAGACAACACCUUCAGACUGGAUGCUGAUUUCUGAGCCACUUGGUGGACCUCAGACUGUCUAGCCACUCCAGUAGCCACUGCAGUCAUAAUGAACUGAAGCUAUCAGCCAAUCAGAGUGCUGCGGCUCACCUGGAGUCACGGAUGAAACACAAGCUGCACUUGCAAUAACUGGUCCUGGACCAGUGCUCGGCUUUUUAUUUGUACAUAAACUAACUUAAUACAGGAUUUUAUUGUUUUUUUUGUUGUUUUUUUUACAGUUUCUGUUGAAUUUGUAAAUGAGUUGUUUUUUUUUUUUUUAAUAAACUCACGUGUUGUGAA